AUGCUGGGCGUCCCGGCCAACAGCCGCGUCGCGUCGAGCGGUUUCUACCAUCGACCCAAUGCAAUGUCGGUGUCCGACGUGGAUCUCGACGUCGAGGGUGGGGGAGGAGGGAGGAUCGAUGAGAUCUACGACACUGGCCUGCCGUGGCCUCUGGGAACAAGCGCUCGUCCAACAUCUUGGUCUGCGAAAGGUCCUGCAGAGCGCAUUCCGCGCAUGCCGUUAGUCCAGAGUCUGCGAUGCCACCUCAACUGGGCGAGAGCAGGCUGGUGGGAUGGAAAUCGAUGGCCAGAAGCCUUCAAGCUCAUCGCCAGCUCCAGCGAGAUCCGCAACGGCGUCCUCAAAGGCCUGCUACUCAGCGGUACGAUCGCUGCCGUCGUAUUUUUCUUCGAGCUGGCCUUCUUUCCCAAGAUCCUCUUCCAGGGUCCGCCGGUCAAGAACGUGCAGAACAUGGCAGAAUCCGGAUCGAUUGUUGGCGGGUUAGGCAACGUCUUUUGGUUGUAUCCUCUCAUAGGCGGAAGCUACCUCCUCGCCUCUUCGUGGACCUCCGACAUCGCGCAGGCUGCCUACAAGCUUCGGCACGGCCACGUCCGACGUCUCACCCUGUCCAAUCCAUCGCUACCUCCAGGCACAUCGCGGCGUCUGGUGCAGGAGAUCUACCGAAUCAUCCUCAUCCUCAACUACACCAUCCUCUACGUCCUGCUGGGUCGCAUACCCUACCUCGGUCGACCACUGUCCUUCUUGUUCAUGUGUCUUGUCGAUGGAUACUACUGUUUCGAGCAGGCGUGGAUCUCCCGAGGGUGGUCGCUGGAUCGCAGGAUGCGCUACUGCGAGGAGAGGUGGUCGUACUUUAUCGCGUUCGGUCUGCCGUCCACUGCGGUGUCCUUCUUCCAUCCGAGCGGACUGCUCAACUUGAUGCUCUUCAUGCUCGUCUUCCCGUUCUGCACGGUGCUAGCGAUGCUCGCCGAUCCUCAGCCGCGGAUCUCGGCCUCCGGAGCCGUCGCAUCUUCCUCCAACGGCUUCGGCGUCGGCGGUGGGUCCGAUUACGCCAACGGUCCCCUUCAUCGACUCGUCCCCUCGCGUCUCGCCGUCUUUUGGCCCACGGUCAAGCUGCACCGCCUCGUGCUCCAGCUCUUGCCCUCGUUUGCCGACGCACCUCUCGCACCGUCCGCACAGGCCUACGAGCGGAGCGCCAAUAUGUACGGCAGGACCGGCGACCUUUCCACCUCCAACUCGGGCGGCUUUUCGGUCAAUGGAGGAUUCGGAGGCUUUGGCACGGGUGGGAAACGAGCAGCAGAGAUGGUGGGCGGUAUCUUCAACAAUGGCAGCCGCAGCAACCUCAAUUCGGGGCGCAAUUCACCCACAGCGUGGUCGGCGUACGGUGCAGCCCCUCGAUCGUCUCAGGAAGCAGCAAAUGGUGGGGCUGCGAUGGGCGAUGCGUACGGUCAGAUGAAGGUGGGCGGCGGUGUGCCCGGGCUGGCAGGGUCCGCGACAGGGACGUACAGCAACUCGGGACAGAACAUGUAUGCGAGACCGUCGGCAACGGCCAAGGGCCCUCUAGGUCCACCACCAAAAGGUCCCGCCGCGAAUCAUCGGAAGGCAGACUAG